CACCGUCCCAUCCCACCACCUUCCUCCUCUGCCCCCGCCCAGCUCGUUCCAUUUUGAAGAAGCAAGAAACAGCCGCGCACAUCUCGUCGCCCCUGGUUCCUCGUCGGACGAGGAAGAGGCGAUGGAGCGGCGGAGGGCUGCGUGGGCCGCGGUGCUGGUGGCGGUGGCCGCGUGCGCGGCGCUGCCGGCGACGACGACGGCGAACAAGAUCAAGGUCAACUGGUUGCCCAACACCAACUACUCCGGCUGGGAGCAGGAGCACGGCCCCUUCUACAAGGGCGACUGGCUCGUGUUCUACUACACGGCGGGGCAGGCGGACGUGGUGGAGGUGAACGAGUCCGGGUACAACCGGUGCGACGCCAGCAACGCCAUCUACAACUACAGCAAGGGCCGCAGCUUCGCCUUCGAGCUCAACGAGACCAAGACCUACUACUUCAUCUGCAGCUUCGGCUACUGCCCCGGCGGGAUGCGGCUGGCCAUCAAGUCCCAGAAGCUGCCGCCGCCGUCGCCGCCGCCCUCCGCGCAGCACCACCGCUCCGCCGCGCUCGCCGGGCCGCGCGCCGGGGUCGCCCUCUACGCCGCCGUCGCCGUCCUCGCCGCGCUGCUCAGGGCGGUCUAGUCUAGCCGAUCUGAUCUGGUGCUAGUUCCGAGCUCGUUUGUUGUUUGGAGUUUCCUUCCCCAUUUCUUCAUUUCUUUGGUGUGUGUUCCUAGGAUAGGAGAGAAUGGCAGUGCCACGGACGUUCUUGGGUGAGAUUAGCGGUGUGGAUUUGCGGGACCAAAUGGUUACCGGCGGAUUGAUUUGUCAAGUGUGAAGAGUGCACUGGACUGGAGAAAUAGCGUACUAUUUUUUUGGUUUUUUUAACUUUGCGUUCAUCA